AUGGCAACUCAGAAAGAACUAGGGACUAAAGCUUUCCAAGCUAAGGACUUUAACAAGGCUAUUGAACACUUCACCAAUGCUAUUGAUGAAGCAGCAGGCGACCACACUUUGUACUCUAACAGAUCUGCCUGCUACUACAACCUCAACCAGUUUGACAAGGCUAAAUAGGACGGUGAAAAGUGCAUUGAAGUCAAGCCAGACUGGGGCAAAGGAUAUCAAAGAAGAGCUAUGGCUCUUCACGCUAUGGGUCAAUAUGAUGAUGCAGUCAAGGAUUAUGAGAAGUGCGAUCAAUUAGAUCCUGCCAACGCUUAGAACAAGCAAGGCUUAGAGAAAUGUAUUGCUGAUAAAAAGGAAAAUGAAGAGGGAGAGAAAGGAAUGUUCGGACCCUAAGCAAUGAUUAAAUUGAUGUCGAACCCAAGAAUUGCAGGUUACUUCCAAGACCCUAAAUUCAGAAACAUGUUUGAAUUCGUUAAGAGAGACCCAUAAAUGCUGAUGCAAGUGAUGCAGACAGACCCAAGAUUUAUGGAUGUUUUCAAGGAGUUGACAGGCAUUGACUUGAUGGACAUGCAGUCAUAACAAAUGAAGAAGAAAGAUCAGGACGAAGACAUGAAGAAGCACAUGGAAGAGUAAAGAAAGAGGAAGGAAGAGGAAGAAGAGCAGAGAAGAAAGAAGGAAGCUGAAGAGGCACUCCCUUCUGAGGAGAAAUAAAGACUUCUCUAGAAAAAGGCAGCUGAUGGUAAGAAAAAUGAAGGUAAUGAAUUCUACAAGAAAAAGCAAUUCGAUCAAGCCCUUGUUCUCUAUCAAGAGGCACUGGAUUUGGAUGAGAACGAAGUUACCUACCACAACAACAAGGCAGCUUGCUACUUUGAAAUGAAGCAAUAUGACAAGUGCAUUGAAGAGUGCGAUGUUGCCAUCGAGAAGUCAAAGGGCAGCAACUAUGACUACGUCAAACUCGGAAAGGCUAUUGCCAGAAAAGCUAACGCCAAAUUAUAGCAAGAGUUAUAUGAUGAAGCCAUUGAGUUGUACAGAAACUCACUGCUUGAGAACAACGAUCCAAACGUCAGAGAACAACUCAAGAAAGCUGAAAGACUCAAGAAAGUAGAUGAGGAGAAGAAGUACCUAGACCCAGUCAAGGCUGAGGAGCACAGAGUUGCUGGUAACGCAUUCUUUGAGAAGGGAGACUUCCCUAGUGCUGUUAAAGAAUACACUGAGGGCUUGAGAAGAGAUCCAAACAGCAAGAGUCUCUACUCUAACAGAUGCGCAGCUUACAUUAAGUUAUUAGAGGGCAAUUACAGUCUUAAGGAUGCAGAUAAAUGCAUUGAGCUAGAUCCAACUUUUGUCAAAGGAUGGGCUAGAAAGGGAGCUUCCCAUCACUUGAUGAAGGAGUACCACAAAGCCCUUGCUGCUUAUGAUCAUGGUCUUAAGCUAGACCCUACCAGUAAGGACUGCCUUGAUGGGAAAUAAAAGACAAUGAUGACAAUCUAAAUGGGUGCUUAUGGUGGAGACAAGCCAGAUGAAGAGAGAGUUCGUCAUGCUAUGGCUGAUCCUGAGAUCUAAAUGCUCCUCAGAGACCCCAGAAUCUCUCAGGUAUUAAAGGAUAUGCAGGAGAACCCAGCUUCGGCCCAAGGAGCAAUGAGAGAUCCAUUCAUUAGUGAAGCAAUAAAUAAACUGAUAGCUGCUGGUAUUAUCAAACUAGGAUGA